AUGAAGCCGACCACCACCUUACUUCCGAUCCGAUCGACCGUCUUCGUGGGGUGCCCCUCCAAACUACAACCUCUCCUACUUUCGCGAUGCUAUGCGACACAUAAAGGCGUGGGCGCAACACCCCAGGGCCCUAAGCGGAGGGCAGUAACGCCAUUCAACGAUACCGGAUAUGUUCCAUGGAGCCAGCUCUCAGUGGCAGAGAAGGCUGGCCGAGCCACACAACAGACCGUCAACUUUGGCAUGAUUCUGAUCGGCCUCGUGCUCACUGGUGGCGUGACAUACUUCAUGUGGACCGAAGUCUUUUCCCCCGAUAGCAAAAUCUCAAACUUCAAUCGCGCCGUCGACAGAAUCAAGGACGACCCUCGAUGUUUAGAGCUGCUCGGCGAUGCCAAGAAGAUCUCGGCGCAUGGAGAUGAAACAUUCAACAAGUGGAGACGGGCACGCCCUGUUGCGUCCACGGAGUCUGUUGAUGCCCAGGGAAACCAGCACUUGCUGAUGCAUUUCUAUGUCGAGGGGCCAUUGAACAACGGCGUUGCGCGACUACACAUGAUCAGGCAUCGCGGACAGGGUGACUACGAGUACAAGUACUUCUUUGUGGAUGUAAAGGGCCACGAGAGGGUCUACCUCGAGCACGAAGAGACAGCAGCUUCGAAAAUAGGAAAGAAGCUCAGCUUCUUUGGUGUCAAGUGGGGUUGA